AUGGCUCUUGUGAGCUCCAACACCAGUCUCUUCUCCUUGCUGCUUCUGUUCCUGAUGCUGCUCCACCAGGGACUCCAGACUCCAGUGCCGCCUUCAGUUUCAGCCUCAGGCAAAGCCAGCAAGUUGAAUUGCAACAUUAUUGCCAAGGAGAUUAUGAGUUCCAUCGAAGUGAGUAUCUGGGUAUCUGAUCUCGCUGAACACGAUGUCAUAAUGUCACUGCAGAAUAAGACCUUGUGGAGAGCAAACCUGUGUGAAUUCCUGAGAAUGGGAAAUGUAUCGAAAAUAGACAAAAUCGAGACCAAACUUAAGAUACUUGGGCGUUGCCUACCCAAGGUUGAGAGCACCUCUGAGAUGACGAGCAUCUUCCUUACAAAUGAUGAGAAGGACUUUAAUAAGAAACUGAGGUACUUUGUGAGCCAACUGGAAGAUCUGCUGCCAACACAGAUUCCUACAACACCUGAUCCGACCUCUGACCCGGUCACGUCUUGCUCUGUGACCAUGGAAUAA